CAAGAGCCUCCAGGUCAGAGGAUUCUCUCUGAACUUGUCAUUGGUCAGGAUGGCCCCUAUGCUAAUAAGGGGUAGCCGCAGCCACUAGAAGGUUCCGGCGUCCUACCUCCUGCCCAAACUUACUACAUCCAGGGGCAGAUCUAGAUGGCACCUACCUUUUAUCAUUACUUGCCUGUGCCCGUGGCUGACAAAUCAGAGUCAAUGCUGCGAUGUAGGAGGCUGGGGUGGCUGGCGGUCUUGGGGAUCCUGGUGGUGCUGGGUGUGUUUGUGUGCCUGAUUGUCUUCGCUGUCAGGGCCAACAGCAAAGCCUGCAAUGAUGGCCUCCUGGCAGAGCAGGAGUGUCGCAAUGUCACCUGCCUCCUGGAGCUCCAGCUAAACCAAACCCGGCAAGACUUACUACGGACCAUGGACCAGGUUGCCACCUGCCACCACACUUUGGUGAACGUGUCAGCUUCCCUGGAGAUGGAGAAGGCCCAAGGUCUGGAGCAGCUCAUCCAAAAAGAGGAGCUUCAGGGAGAGGUUGAGAAAUUGAAGCAGAAGCUGCAAGAAGCUCUGGAAGAGACAAGAGAAGGAGGCCUCGAGCAAGGAAGGGGAAACCAGCUUUGGCAGCUCCUUGCAAGCACUCAGCCCCUUGAUGGUCCCUGUGUACCUGCUCCUGGGCCUCAUUGCUCUGCUGGCCUGAGGCCUGCCGGUCAUGGUGCCCCUUGUUCUCAGAAGACAGACGACCACAGGACACCUGAGUGCCUCCAUUGGUUAAGCGUCUGCUUUCAGCUCCGGUCAUGAUCUCCCGGGGUCCUGGGAUUGAGCCCCACAUCAGGCUCCUUGCUCAGUGGGGAGCCUGCUUCUCCCUCCGCCUGCCGCUCCCCCCGUUUGUGCUCUCUCUCUCUGAUAAAUAA